ACUUAACACAAAUUCUCUCCUCCCAUAGCUUACACUUCCUUCCUCUGCACAUAACAUUAUAUGGCGGGGAGCUAUUGAUGCUCUGCAGCAAUCUCUACUUGUGAACACGUGACAAAAUUCCCAUAGACUUACAUGUUGGUUAACCGUUGCAAGAAUAUUUUUUCUUAAACUUAAAAUAACAUGUUAGUCUAUGGGAAUUCCAUCACUUGUACGUAAUAAAUGCAUUAUGAACUAUGUUAAUCUUAAGUUAUGUAUUGCAUUUCACAGAGCAUAAUGCAUUUAUGUUAUAAGUAUGUGUCACAAUAGUCUGUGUAUUUUGUGUAUUUAUGUUUAUUUAGGAGAUGUUUGUGUUAAUGUAGGAAUUUGUAUUUGUUGACAUCGACCAAUGUACUUGUUAAUAUAUGGAUCAUGUAACUGUUAUGAUUAUUUCAUAGAGUGAAAUUUCUUAAGUUUACUGAUGUCAAUUGUAUAUUUUCUAUUAUUUCAGCAUGUCACAUCACAACCUCUUGUCAAGUACAGUUUCAAGAUCUACUGAUUUACAUAUCGGGUUUGGUACAUGUUAAAAAAACAAAUGACAAUACACUCACAUCAAGAAUAUUUAUUCAUUGCAAAAUUCCGAACACUUGAUCAUGUUUCAAAUCGAUCACCUACGCUUUUUGGACUCGUUCAAAUUUUUUAAACACCAGCUUGCAAACAUUGGCCAACAAUUUGAGAGACAAAGGUCAAAGUGAACUGUGUAUUUGGCUAAAAAUUAUCCCGACCAUGUGGAUUUAUUGACGAGAAAACUACCUUAUUUCUACGAAAACGUAGACAGCUUCGAAAAACUAGAUGAAACUGACUUUCCGAGUUGUGAGGAUUUUUAUUCUUCUUUAACGGAAAAAAACAUUUCUGAACAGGACUAUGCUUUCGCUCGCCACAUUUGGGAUACUUUCAAAAUCACAUCGACGAGAGAAUUCAUGGAAAUGUACGUUGCUGUCGAUACGUUGAUAUUGACCGACGUGUUCGAAGCAUUUCGCGACAUGUGUCUCGAAUACUAUAAGCUGGAUCCUUGCCAGUACUUUACUCUCCUCGGGAUGGCAAUGAACGCAUGUCUUUUGAUGACGGGGGUGAGACUAGAUCUCAUGACAGAUCCCGACAUGUACAAUUUUGUCUCUAACGGGGUAAGAGGAGACGUGGCUAGUAUCAACCAUCGCCACGCCGAAGCCAACAACAAACGCAUGUCGGAUUUUGAUCCUUCAAAACCCACUGCUAAAGGUGUUCAAAAAUCUUUCGUAAAAAAAACAUCUACGUCAUCAAAUGUUUAAAGUCUGUCUUUUCGAUCACAAACAGAACAUGGCCACUUCUCAUCAAAUUCGAUCCAAACACAACAUACUUUUCACGGACAAAGUGUUCAAAUUGGCUUUGACGCCUCAAGAUGACAAGAGAAUGAUUGGAAAUCUCACGAGGUAUCGAUUCAGGGUGACUGGAAGCCAAGGAGAAGUGCUGAAGGAAGGGACAAUUCUGCAAAGAAGUCACCUUGCGGCUUGUCUUUCAGGUUUUCGAUGUCUCGAGAGAAUGCUGAGACAUCAGGUGAAUGGAGUAGCAGCAGCACCAGCACCAGCACCAACACCAGCACCAGCACCAGCACCAGCACCAGCACCAGCACCAGCACCAGCACCAGCAGAGAGUCUUCUUCACCGGGGACCCUUCUCUGUGACCAGCCAAGAAGUUGUUAUUUCACGACGGUGGCGUCACAAAAGAAACCAUAACCUGAAGAAACACAUUCGUUCAGUGUUUCAAUCUAUGAUGACAUCUGUUUAUGUGGAUGAACUUCAGAGCAAAGUUGAUGAAUUGUGCAAUAAAGACUGUUACGGAUGUGAAGUCGAUCAUCCAUCUCAAGUCCAUCAUCCGUGUCUGAUGAUGGAUGCUGAUGAGAGGGUUGAUAGUUAUUUUGAUGAUGCACUGUCAACAAUGUCUCACAGGCUUAUCCUCGAAAAGACAAGAGAGCAAAUGACAUCAUCAUCCAGAGUUUUAUUUUCACUCCUUAACACCAAAUGCUAUGAAAAUGAACCAUACUUGAACACUCAUUUCUUUACUUCAAGUAGAAAAGAACGAGUAGGACAGAAGCUGAGAGAGAAAAUGAGAGAUUUUAGAAUGUGACGAUGAUUAUACAUUAUCCUAUUUUUAUAUAUCACAUUUACCUCAUACUACUGUUUCUGCAUCAAGUGACAUCAUUCUGAUUAGCUAAUGAGGAUGGGGCAUAACAUUGCUUUAAUCCUCUCGGAGAAGACAGUGAUGUCACACUAUGUCACUGAUGUUUUUAUUAUCUAUUGUAAUCCAAGACACAAGUGUCACUAAUGUUUAUAAACUGACGUCCAAAAGAAA